CCUCAUGAUUGUCCCCCGAUGUGUUUCCAAGCCGGCGGCUCUAUCACACUUGAAUUUCUCGAACUUGACUAACCCUGGUACUCACUUCUAGGGACCCUCAGGGUACGAUGACAUCCAAAUACAGCCUUCCUCUGCUAUAUGACUAAUUUCUUUAACAGACCAGCUGGGCCUGUUGCUACUGGUAUACUCUACGCUUACCUAAGCUGCUAUGUCCAAACUGGCUCUAGCACUGUGACCACCGGCAGAGCACUAUCUUCAUACCAAGGAUCUUUUACUGGCCAGGUCAACAGCCGCUGCAGUGCAACAUGCCUUACCCUCAACUUCGUCUACUUUGGGACAGUCAAUCAGGGUACAGCGAGUGCCGAUUGCUGGUGUGGGAAUGCCAUCAACUAUGUCACCAUCAACAGUGGAUUAUUGAGUGGAACUACAGGAGAAGCUGGAGAGAACAAUUGCUACUUGUGUAACGGGGCCAGUCUACCAGGGAGUGUACCAGGAGCUUGCGGUAAUUCUUCGACGAGUACGAUCGCCAUAUACGCUCGCUCGUUCUGAGUCGCGAAGCGAACAUCUCACAGCAGUUUGGGGGGUGAUGGAGGCAUCAGGCGGCAGCGCUAAAAUCAUGGCUUGUGUGGCCUUCUUUUCGCAUGUUGACUAUUUUCUUAGCUCUCGAUUUCAGUGAACGGUAUUGUAAUGCGUGUUUGGAA